AUGUUGAAGGUUGUUGAGGAGCAGUGCUGUUUUAACCUGACUACAUCUCACUCAUUCACAGUAAGCAUAGCUACCAAGGCCAAUCCCUGGGAUGGAAAGACGCUGAAGCCAGAGAGCGUGCGCUCCCAGCUGGAAACCUCCCUUCAGAGGUUGCGGACAGACUGUGUGGACCUUUUCUACCUCCAUGCCCCUGACCACCAAAACCCUAUCGAGGAUACUCUCAGAGCCUGCAAUGACCUCCACAAAGAGGGAAAAUUCAAGGAGCUCGGCCUUUCAAACUAUGUAUCCUGGGAAGUGGCUGAAAUAGUAUGCAUCUGCAGGCACAACAACUGGAUAGUUCCCACUGUUUAUCAGGGAAUGUACAAUGCCACAACAAGACAGGUGGAAACAGAGUUGCUGCCAUGUCUGAGAUACUAUGGAAUGCGAUUCUAUGCAUACAAUCCUCUGGCAGGUGGCCUUCUGACAGGGAAGUAUCACUAUGAAGAUAAAGAUGGCUCCCAGCCUGCAGGACGAUUCUUUGGUAACAGCUGGGCUGGAGCAUACAGAGACAGAUACUGGAAGAAAAGUCAUUUCCAGGCCAUAGAGGUGGUUCUGCAGGCUUUGGAAACAGCGUACGGGUCAGAGAAACCCUCGCUGACUUCUGCUGCUAUGCGCUGGAUGUAUCAUCACUCUCAGCUUAAGGGUGAUCUUGGAGAUGGAGUCAUUAUUGGCAUGUCGAGCAUGGAGCAGCUUCAGCAAAGUAUGGCUGCUGCGGAAGAGGGUCCUCUGGAUCAGAGAGUGGUCGACGCCUUCAAAGAAACCUGGAAUCUCAUAGCCCACGAGUGUCCAGACUACUUCAGAUGA